AGCGACGGUGGGUUGGACUCACAUUGGCAGUUUACUUCAACCAUCACGGUGCGAUAGCAGCAACAUGGACAUUACACACUUUGUAACCUCUCGCAGGGAUAAUGCCCUCCUUGUGGGAGACUACAAUUCAUAUCGAGCACAGCUUUCCAGGCGUCUGCAGACUGUCACGAAGAAACUUGGUCGCUCGUCUCUGAAAGGAAAGAAAUACACUCCAAAGACACCAAUUACGGCCGAAGAUAUUGCUGGGAAUUAUGAGUUCGUCCAUCUCCUUCUCCUCGCAUCUGAGCGAGCAUGGGCACAUGCUAUGCACAUGAAAUCUGUCCACUCUCAGGAUACUACCGGCAAGGGAAUUACUGGUACCACCAGACGACACAUUAUCUCACGGCUGCAGAAAGCCGCCAACCAUGCCAAUACACUUUCCCAACUGCUGGAUGACCGCCAGACGUCUCACGCAACCGACACCGAUGUCCUAGAAGCACGAGCAUAUUUCUCCUCUCUCUCCGGAGCCGUCGAGUUUGAAAAGCAGAAUUGGGAAGCCUCUCUGAGAUAUUUCUCCGUGGCUCGUGUCAUCUACCAAGCUUUGGAGGUCUCCACAAAGAAGGACAUGUACCGAGACAUCCUCUCUGGCACAAUCGACCCAAGCAUCCGCUACGCCGCAUACCAGCUACGAUUGCCACGCACCGUUGCCAUUCCCGUGAUUGCGCAGCGCUACUUUCCUACUUCGGAGCCAGAACUUGUAGCCCUGGUUGAGAAGCUUCAACCCCAAAGUCUAAGCAGCAAAUCCGGGGAGCAAGAGGGCGCAGCAGACAGUGCGGACGGCACUCCGAAAUCCAUCACCUGGCGUUCUCGCACCGUCGAUCUCGAGGAUGCGUCCAUAGCGCAAGCACUCGCUGCAGUCGCAGCUGCGGAGAGGAAACUCUCAGCAUUUCUCUCCUCUCCUUCAGCCACAGAAAUACCUGCCAAGGAGAAGGCAACCGCUUUUGACGACGUCCUUAUCGCAAGCCAAGACGCAGUGGACGCCACCAAGAGUGCAAUUGACGAGUUGGCUUCCGAGGGAGUCGGCCAGGGAGACAAGCGCAUGCAAGCUUUGCAGAUUACUCGAACCGCAGUAAACUACUCCCUAGUUGGCUCGCGAAUCGGACGCAACCGCGAACUUUCUGGCAAACACGACGGCGCCCUGCUCGAGUCAGACGAACUCAAGAAAAAGCGAAAACCGAGAAAAGACGGUGCUGAGUGGGUUGAAAAGGAAGAAGGAACCGGCAAGAAACUUGCUCGUUUGCGGGAGCAUGUCGUCCUCUACGAUUUGACUCUCCAGAGCAUCGACUCCAUCAAAGACCUGCCCGGCAUAGCAGCAGACGCCUCUCUCGUUGAAGAACUCGACGCCAAACGCGCCUACUUUCAAGCUCUCAAAUGCCUCUCAAUCGCCCACUCCCACUCUCUCCUCUCGAACCGCGAGAACGCCCUCGCGCUCUUCCUCCGCGCCGCCGAACUCGCCGAGCACGCGCACUCCUCUCUUUCCACUACUUCCCCGCCCGCGGAGCCACCCGCCAACGCUCUUCCCAGCCUGACCAUUUACGCCUCGCAAUCAAACUGGCUCAAGACGCACGUGCACAACCUCGUCUCCCAGAACCGCGCUCUCGUCUUCUUAUACCAGCAACUUGCUUCUUCCGAUAACUCCUCACCCGAGGCUCCGUCCUCGCUGAAAACACCCCUCAUCGACCGCCUCGACGCGUACCCUACCACUGUCGAUUUCGAUCAUCUCGUCACCUACCCGCCCCGUGUCCAGCCCGUGCCUGUCAAGCCCCUCUUUUUCGACGUCGCGUGGAACUAUAUCGAUUAUCCCGGCCGCUCUGCCAAACCUGCUCCCGUCGCAGCAGCCGCGCCUGCGGCAGCGGCGCCGGUGGCCGAGCAUAAACCCGAAGUGCAAGAGCAGAAGCCCGCGAAGAGAGGCUGGUUUGGAUUCGGUCGAUAGAUUUACGCUUAGAAUUUUUGUUUCCUUUUUCUCUUUUGAUAUAUUGUUUAUAUUCCUAUUUCAAACAUUCCUCAUCCUUCAAAGAUUAUUCGCGACUGUGAUCUCAUGGUAGUGAUUAUGAAUCAUCAACAUGUUGUGCAUUAUCCAGACGACACUCUUUCUGUAUAACGGUAGAAUAGAACCUUACCGCACAGCACCUAACGCGAG